GUAUGCGCGGUGACAAUGCAUGGUCCGCCAUUGAGACCCAGCUAGAGCAGGGUCCAGGUUCGCAGCUGCAGUCCACGGGAGCACGCUUUCGUCUUUUGUAUUUCUAGAAACAGAACUUUUAUCCGGCCAGCCUUUCAUUUCUGUUUUCGUGAUCGAUCGAUUAAAGCACGUCCAAUGGUAGCUGAAUUGGAUACCUAUUUUUUCCAGCAGUCCUGACCGAGGUAGUUAGCGAACUAGUGGCUAGCUAGUAGCUAAACACGCAUAGCCACGAACUAAGCCUUGGUCGGGAGGCUGUGUGCAGUAUCGUUUGAUGGAUCCGAGAAUCGCCUGGUUUCAGCCAGAACAGCUCGGACCUGCUAACAGCCUGUGGAUGCAGAUUUGGGAAACGACGCAAGGUCUGGGGAAUCUGUACUUUAAUAAUAAUUAUAGCACCGGCUGUAGCACGUCAAGCCAGAGUCCUAAAUUGAACAGUAACGAGGGAACGGGAAACGUGAACACGGUCAAGAACGGGUCUCCGCAGUUAGGCACCAACGACGCGAGGAACCAGGGGAUGUCUAACUCAAGGGCCGAGAAUGAAAUCGCGGAACAACAGGACUUCAUACCCCUGGAAGCCAAUAACAACCACAACAACCGGGCAGCUGGGAGGGGCGGUGGCAGCAGAGGAAGGGGGAUAGUCGGUGGCGUUGGGGUCGUUGGUGUCUGGAGAGGUGGCUCGGACGUCGGGCAUCGCAACAAAAGGAAAAGGGAUAACAAGGCGAGCACAUUCGGAUUCAAUAGUAGUCUUCUGCUCAGUGGCACAGGGGCCGAGGGGGUGGGGUGCGGUGGCGGCUACACGGGUACGCCUUGGAAAACUAGAAACUACUCCGAAGGGAUUUUGGGGCUGCAUGAGGAGAUCAGCGACUUCUACGAGUACAUGUCCCCUCGGCCAGAGGAGGAGAGGAUGAGGAUGGAGGUGGUGGAGCGGAUAGAGCGGGUGAUCAAGGACCUGUGGCCCAGCGCUGACGUUCAAGUAUUUGGGAGCUUCAGCACUGGCCUAUAUUUGCCAACCAGCGAUAUCGAUCUGGUGGUGUUCGGGAAGUGGGACAAUCUGCCGCUGUGGACUCUGGAGGAGGCUCUCCGGAAGCAGAAUGUGGCCGACGAGAACUCCGUUAAGGUGCUGGACAAGGCCACGGUGCCUAUCAUAAAGCUCACGGACUCGUACACCGAGGUCAAGGUGGACAUCAGCUUCAACGUGCACAACGGCGUGAAAGCUGCCGUGCUCAUCAAAGAGUUCAAAAAGAAAUACCCUGUGCUUCCCUACCUGGUGCUGGUGCUGAAGCAGUUCCUCUUGCAGCGGGACCUGAAUGAGGUGUUCACUGGAGGGAUCGGGUCCUACAGCCUCUUCCUAAUGGCAGUCAGCUUCCUGCAGCUGCACUACAGAGAAGACGCCAGCAGCCCCAACGCCAACAUCGGCGUCCUCCUGAUCGAGUUCUUCGAGCUGUACGGCAGACAUUUUAACUACCUGAAAACGGGCAUCAGGAUAAAGGACGGCGGCUGCUACGUUGCCAAAGACGAAGUGCAGAAGAGCAUGCUGGACGGCUACCGGCCCUCCAUGCUCUACAUCGAGGACCCCCUGCAGCCGGGUAACGACGUGGGGCGCAGCUCGUACGGCGCCAUGCAGGUGAAGCAUGCCUUUGACUACGCCUACGUGGUGCUGAGCCACGCCGUGUCCCCCAUCGCCAAGUACUACCCCAACAACGAGUCCGAGAGCAUACUGGGCCGAAUUAUCCGGGUGACCCAGGAAGUGGCGGAAUACCGGGACUGGAUCACGAAACAGUGGGGUGACCAGACCCCGAAAGACCAGGCCUUCAACGGAAAUGAUGUCACGCUGCUGGUGGAGCCCCAGCAGUUGGACAAGUGCAACAACAACCUGUCUGAGGAGGUGGUGGUGCUGCCUCCCGUGUCCCACAGCAAGCGCUCCUCCAACUCCUCCUCCCCGCCUCCCUCCUCGCCCUCCUCCUCCUCGUCGUCUUCGUCAUCGCCUUCCUCGCCCUCCUCCACGGCCUCCAGCUCCAGUGACGCGAUGAUUGGUUCUCCCCAGGACUCUGACGGAACCCCCUGUAAGACUGUGAAGCAGCUGGGGGGGCGGGGCCCCAGUUCGCACAGGGAGAACUCGGUGGGCGUGGCUACGCACAGAGCACAGAGCCAUUCCUUUAGUAACCAGGCAGGCCACGGCAACAAGGGCAAGACAGGAACACGGCAGUUCCGGCCCUCCGUCAGCAGGGGGCUCCAGACGCAGGAGAGCACGGUGCACUCCAACGCCCCGUCCACCUGCAAGCCCCACCAAAGCAGCAAGCCUCAUCACCAGGGCAACAGCAAGAAGAGGAAACCGCAGCGUGAGGCCGCGCACGAGGACUUCUGCAGAUAGGGGGCGCCAGCUGCGCCUCAGAGACUGCCCCGUGUACCCCAUCUGCUGCAGGACCUUUCCCCUAGGGGGGGGUUGUUAGUAGUAUUAAGCUUUUUUGUCCCUUUAGGGACACACACGUUUUUAUAGAACCGGAAACGGGAGAGAGGGGCGAGCGGGUUCCUGGGCUUCAGCGGACGUGAUGAAGGAUCUGUUGAUUUUAUAACCCAGACACACUGCCCUUCUGUGGAGCCGCGCCCACCCUCACCAUCCAAUCCCUGGCCUCCUCCUUUGGCCGCCUCUGGGGUUAAAGUGGAGCAAAGGCUGCUGGGAAAAGUCUGACCAUAGGAGUGACCCCGACGUUCUCAAACCAGGUGAUCAGCCACAACAACCACAAAAAAACAAGAGAACAAAAAAAAAAAAACUAAACAAAAAACAAACAAAAAGGACGCAAUACAAAAAAAGUACAAAAAAAAGUAUUAUAUUGAAAAAUAUGCACAAAAAUUGUAAAAAGAAAAACAAAAAAUGCAAUCGGUAAGAAUGCGAAUUUCAGUUAUGCAUGAAGAUUGUUUUCUUUUUUUGACGGGUAGAAUUUUUGUAUACGUAUACAGAUUAUACAAAGGUGGUAUUUGUACAAGGGACUCGACGCGAGGUCUCAGAGAACUACAUAAGAACAAAAGAAAUGGUUUCAUAUUACUUUUUGACAUGAUGUACCGGUUUUCAAACAUAAAUGUGUACAAUUUCACUGCUAGUCGACAAAACGACAAAGCCAAGUGUGCGGGUCUCAUUGCCAACACCCAUCAUCAGCAUCUGUCGCACCCGCACCUGGCGGCUCUGACCGCGAGCUCGAUGGCUCAGUCGGGGGGGGGGCUUGUCUGUCUGUCAGCCCCAAAGCCCCGUAAAUCCUCAGCUAGGAUUUAUAGGUUCUGUUUUUCUUUGGAUUUCUCUCUCUCUUUUUAAAAAACAAAAAAAAAAAACAAAAAACAAAAAAAAGAUUACAAUACUGUAGAAGUGCUUCAGAAUCUGAUAUGAGAAAAAACGGUAAUGGAAAAUAUUACCCCCCGGCCCCCGAAAAAAAAAAAAAAAAAUCUUGUACUUGCUAUUUCUUUCUUCUUCUUCUUGUGUGAGGAUAUCAAUCCUUUUUCUAUAUUUUACCAAUUACAAAAGCAUUUGUAUUUGUUUAUGUAUUUAUUUUUAUAUCUAUAUCAGUAUGUGUGUAUGUAUGUGUGUAUAUAUAAUAUAUAGGCUUAUAUAUGUAUUGCACAUGUAUGCACACACAUACAUCUAUAUAAAACAGAGUCAAGCCCACAGGCCCAUUCGUUAGCCUUGGAUGGGUUGCUGGGAUACGGAGGGAGUGUAAUCUAUUGGUUACAGCGCUAACAGUGUCUGUCUCAGUGUCAUUCUCUCCUGUCAUUCAGAUGCCUCUCUUUCCUUUCAGUGAAAAUUGUAUUUCAGUGACCAAGUUACUUCGGAAAGUUGUGUGACCAUUUUACAUAAGAUGAAAAUGUAUUUUUAUGUGUGGCAGGUCUACUUACUUUGAGGGGAAAAAGAAAAAAAAAAGAAAAAAGGGAGCUGAAUUUUGGUUGUUCCUGUUUGGAUUUUUACGCAAUAUCCUGUAGUACAAAUGAAAACAUUCUCACCUCAGAAUUGGCUUUGUGCGCACUUCCUCAUCUGAACACUAGGUGGCGCAGUACAACAAUGGACAGAAAUGCUGACGAGGUAAUUUACUGGUGCCAUUUGUAUUUCCUAAUCAUUGCUGCUCAACUGGAGUAUUUAAAUAGGCUGAAACUGAAUUUAAUUGAAUUGUAGUUACUACAGAUGCUUAAAUACAUGCAAUAAAAUCAAAAGUACAAUUAUUAAAUAACUGGAAAAUGUAUUUAUUUUAAACGCCUUAAGGAUUACGAUAUUUCACCAAUGAGAACAAUGAGAAGUGGAUGCUUUCAGUAUAGUGGUAGACUAAUUCUCAAAAAGGAACUUUUGAGUGUUAAUGCAAAGGAAACUUAACAUGAGUACGUAAAGACACUAUGACCUGUCAUCAGUGAAAAUUUAAUUCAAUGCAUUGCGGGACUUUGACCAGAAUUUAGCAAAGCUGAUUUUUACCGUGAGGACACGAAAGAAAUGCACUUAAUAUAUGAAAUGUAGGCUUAGAUAAUGGUCAUAGACGUGGAAUUGUUAGAAUUCCACAAUAUUCGUGUGCCGUUGUUUAAACUUUUAAAGAAUGCUUUUCUAUAUCCAAAGUACUGCUACAAACUAGCUUGACUUAUUAUUGGAUUAGAUGAGCUCCAUUGUGCAUAUUUUGAAUUACAACUUUUCGUUCUCUCGUUAGACAGUUAAAUCGGCCGAACAGUCUUUGAUACGUGCACGUGUGGGGGGUGUUCAGAUACAUGUGCACGUGGCUGUUUAUUAUUUAAGGUUAUCCUGGGUCCUCUUUAAAUUUAAACACCCCAGAAUCCUCUGCUCUGAACAACACCGAACGUGUUCCUAUCCAUUUUUAGUUAUGAAACUAAAUUUAUAUUGAGGAAUGUUGAACAUUUGUUGUAUGUCAUGUCAAGUAAGUGGAUUUACUAUCUCCCCCAAUUUUGCCCUUGGCUAUGAAUGUAUUCAUAACUAUUCGUUGUAAAAUGUGCAUUAUUGUCCCUAGUAUUGCUGCUGAAUGGUUACUACACUUACCUAAUAGUGAAUGUGAGAAUGCAUUUCUCACAUUUUUUACAGAUUGGGCCCAUGUUUGGUCAAACCUGUGGUUAUUCCAUAUAAUUAUAAAAAUUUUAGCACUCAAAGAUUCUAAUCUGUUCCAUAAAUGUCCACGCUAUACUCCUAAUUCAAAGCGGGUUUGUUUUAAGUCUCAAAUCAAACGUAUCUUAUCAAUACCAGCAUUUUGAGAAAGGCAUUUUGAUCAAUUUUGAAGCUGGUAUGAUGCAUAAGCUGAUCAGAUGCCUGCACCUAAAUCAAACGCUUCAGCUACUGAACUUGCACCCAAAAUCACAUUUUAAGAUGAAGAUUCUUCACUGAAAACCAUUUACAUAUUAACCAUUUACUUGAUGGCUUCGUUUUUCUAGGAACAAACCUUUAUGUAUUAAAUGUGAACAGUUGAACUGUUCUGAUUUCACUUUUUAAUAUUGGAAAAUUUUCCUCUUGUCUGUUCUCUGUUCAUAUCACUGUCCACCUGUAUCGUCGUCAUCUCAUUCUAGUUGUAUUUUUGGAGCAUAUAAAGAUCUUUUUGCAAACAAUAUUUUUGUGAGUAUUUGAAUACAUUUUUUGAUUUAAGUGCUGAAACCCCCGGGUUAAUUUGGGGUUUAAAUGAUCUUAAAUGGCAAAUUUCAAAAUUAAAAGUCACUUAAAUAUUUAA